UCAUCAGCUGGUGAUAAUUAUUGAUCAGCCAUGCAUCAGUCAACCAUUCGUUGGCACAAUCGGUACACGAAGUGGGCGGUAUUUAAGAGAGCUUUGAAAUGUGCGUAGCUCGCGCGAAAUUCAAGUUUAAUGCAAAGAGGAAGCGUGGGAGAGCAGAUCUGCACUCUGAGAAGAUGAGCAGCAUCCGAUUCGGCAGCAGUAUUAUCCAGCAGCUGAGCUUCUCCAGUGGUGGCGAGGAGGACAGCUGUGACAGCAGCGUGGAUGACUGGAGCUCCAGGGAGAACAGUCCCAAAGCGGGAUGGCAGAUGACAAAGGAAUGCCAGUCUCCCAGGGCCUCUGAGAAGGAGGAGGGGCUGGCUGCCUCCCCCUGCACACCACGAGGUAGCCGCACCCCCACUAGAGACUGCCAUGGCACCCCCACCAGUGACUGCCAUGGCACCCCCUUGCACUACGCCACCUGGAGGAAGCUACGUCUUUGUGAUUCUCCCAACACUCCUAAAAGCUUGUUAUCAAAGGCGAGGGUUAACUCCAGCAGUAAAUUCUGCCGUGGUCCACGAUUACUGAGAUUUACUGCCAGGGCAGAUCCAGCCCCAUCAGCCCGCAUACCAUCUGUGAACGUUAACCCCUUCACUCCUGAGCCCUUUAAGAAACCCAGUGAACGGCACAAGAGGAAGAGCAUGGAGGAUGAAGAUGAGGAGGGCAGAGAUGAUCACAAGAGAUCUGACCAGGAAGAUGUAUCUCUGCCUUCUAAGCGGUUUGCACUCCAUGAGAACAUGGUGUCUCGAUAUGAGACUGAGUUCCUGGAGCUGGAGAGGAUCGGGGCGGGCGAGUUUGGGGCCGUCUACAAGUGUGUGAAGAGGCUGGAUGGCUGUCUUUAUGCCAUCAAACGAUCAAAGAGACCCCUGGCUGGCUCCACAGAUGAGCAGCUGGCACUGAGGGAGGUGUAUGCCCAUGCUGUCCUGGGGCAUCACCCCCAUGUUGUACGCUAUUACUCCGCCUGGGCAGAAGAGGACCACAUGCUCAUCCAGAAUGAGUACUGCAAUGGUGGAAGUCUUCAGGACGCCAUUGCUGGGAAUGCUGUCAAGGGGCGCUUCUUCCAGGAACCUGAGUUGAAGGAAAUUCUCCUGCAAGUGUCCAUGGGGCUGAAAUACAUCCACAGCUCACACCUGGUGCAUCUGGACAUCAAACCCAGUAAUAUAUUUGUGUGCCGACGGGCCGUGCCAACAUCACACCUUCGAGGGGAGGACGGUGAGAGUGAAGAGGAAGAUAGUGAGGACUAUGCUACAGAUGUGGUUUAUAAAAUUGGUGAUCUGGGUCAUGUUGCCUCCACCACCAGCCCCCAUGUGGAGGAGGGAGACAUCCGCUUUCUAGCCAGUGAGAUUCUGCAGGAGGAUUACUCGCACCUCCACAAAGCGGAUAUCUUUGCCCUUGGUCUGACGGUCAUACUAGCAGCCGGUGCAGAGUCUCUACCCAAGAACGGGGAGGAGUGGCACCAGCUGCGUCGGGGAAGCCUUCCCACAAUCCCCCAGGAACUCUCCAUGGAAUUGCACAACCUGCUGAAGAUGCUGAUCCACUCGGAUGUGUCUCUCCGGCCCUCUGCCUCGGGGCUGUGUCGGCACCCAGUCCUGAGGAGAGGGACUGGGAAGACUGCCGCCCAGCUCCUCGAGGAGCUCAAAGUGGAGAAGUUCAGGACAGCCAUGCUGGAGAGGGAACUGAAAGAAGCACGUCUAGCUGCCUCAUCCCCUCCUAAAGACCCCCGCUACAUUCGGCACGCCAAUCGGCAGCAUGACUCCGCCCCUCGCCAGGGAGGUAGACGCCUCAUUGGUGGAAAGGCUUCCCGUUCCAUGAGUUUUAACUGUGUUGGAUACUGACUCUUGCUAAUGAGAUUCUAUUGCGCAAGACCAUCUUUCUCUUAAACUGAACACUUGGCUGGCAAUGCAUGUAAUGGCAGUUUACAUUGCCUGGGGUGGGGGGGGACAAAGUAUUGUCAACCACAAAUGUGCUGUUGUUGUCUGGAGCAUGCUGUAAGUGGGUGAUCAAACCGCCUAUGCAAAAUGAAUGGGGAUAUAUGUUUGUGUGUUGGUUCUUGCCACAGUAAUCUAUGACUCGCAUGACCUGUUGCCUUUAUGCCGAGAUGUUUCUAAGGAAAUCUAACUGGAAACUGAUGUGCAGAAACAUUAGCAUUGAGGAGCAGUGUCUUGUGGUGGUUAAAAUCUAUACUUUUUUUUUUUAAUAACAUUUUAACUAAUUGCUUUUAGAUAUAUUUUUACAUGUCCUUGUGUAAAUAAAGUUUUAAAUAUUUUAAA